CGGGUCUGCUGUGUCUUCUUCCCGAUCCUUCCUCCCGAAAAGCCCCCAAGCCACAGACUUUCUCCCCUUGAAAAACCCGGUGAAGGCCUCUUGAAAUUUCCCUGCUUUCUUGCUCAAGAACCAAGUCUCAAGCCUAGAACUCUCUCCCUCAACCCAGAAAUUCCAGAUCUGCCCUGCGUCUUCCUCCCCUGCCGCCGGUUUCAACUGGUGUGGGUGUGAGAUUUCGGUUUUUUUUGCUUUUCUCCCAAUUUUCGCCAGCCGUGAACCUGCCAAGCUCGGUUUUCGUUGCCAGAAUUUGCUGGUAUGAGACAGCUUUUAAAGCUGAAUUCUAACCAUUUAAUUGCUGCCUUGUGAGUUUAAUUGGUUGUAUGGGUGCUUGUGUUAUCCAAAAACAAUUUGCCGAAGGUGGGGGAUGAAUUUUGGCAACUUGAAAAUGGGUUUAGUUGAUGGUUUAUGUAGGAAAUUAGUGGGUGUGGCUGUUGUGGUGGUGUUAUCCGAAAGAAAAGAGGAAAAUUCUGUGAAUUGGCCAUUUUUUUGUCCAGGCCGGUCCUCCCAAAUUUUUGUCCAUGAGUUUGAAAAAUUUAAGGUUAAACCCUAUUUUGGUCUUUGAACUAUUGUACGACCUAAGUUGGUCCUUAAACUAUUGUAUGUACUCCCAAGUUAAUCCUAAACUAUUGUAUGGAUGCUCAAUUUGGUCUUACUGUUUACCAAUUUAACCUCAACUUGGUCUUUCUGUUAAAUAAUAGCUCAGGACCAAAUUGGGACGAAAUUGUAAACAGUAAGGAUCAAAUUGGGGGUCCGUACAAUAAUUCAAGGACCAACUUAGGCCAAAUUAUAAACAGUGGGGACCAAAUCGGGGGUUUGUCCUUGAUUGCCUUGUGAUCCUAACACUUGGAUUAAGCCUUCUGUCCUGUGCAAUUAAGGUAAGUAAAUUUAUGGUAAUGCCCGUACAGUUUUUAAAAGCAUGUUUUGAUUUGUUUUUGAAGUGGUGGCGGGACUAAACCCGUGUUACACGAGCAUAACUGAUUUGAAGUGAAAUUUUUAUGCUUUUCAUUAAUUGAGCAUGCCUACUUGAGAUUUGUUUGAUUGUCCUGAUGAUUUAAGUGAUUGGUGAAUUAUGAUUUUUCUGUUAACUUUUGCCUGCUUUGUCUCCGAUGCGGUUAUGUUAUUGAUAACUCUGCUAGUAGGGGUUAAACGCUAGCACAUGUCGACAUGUUAUUGAUAGAACCGGUUCGUUUGAGUGACCCUGCUAGUGGGGGUUAUAUACCAGCAAAUAGUGUAGCCUGCCAAUGGGAAGUUUAAUACACUGGUCAUGACCUAUAGAGGAGACGUCUAUUUCGUUCUCGUAUUGUACUUGUUUUUCGUGAUUGCACUUGUUGGCAUGCUAUAAGUUUAAUAAGGGCACUUCAUAUUUUACUUACUGAGACAUUUUAUCUCAUAGUUUUUCCUUGUCCACCAUUUUAGGUAGUGAGACCCGACGCAUGGGGAGCCCGGGAGAGUGACGAGCUAGACAGCUAGGUACUUUUGGACUUAGAUUUUUGUAGCUAGGCCGUUAGUCACCAUGCUUGACUUAGAAAUUUGUGUACAGAACUUCCUUAGUUUUAGUCAUGAUCGUAUUUAGGAAGUGAUAAAUUUGUACAUCUUGACUGGUAAAUAUUUGGUAAAUAAAAAGGUUUAGAUCUGAAUUGCAUGAAUUGCUAAGUAAGAACUUAGUAGGUUUCGAGCCUUGUGCAUUUGUGGGCCUCGCUCACGAGUGCACGGCGUCUGUCUUGCUCCGGGGUUUGGGGCAUGACACAUGUUCUAUUAUAAGAGCAUAAGUAGAAAAAUGCAAACUCAAAAUUUUCUUUUGUUGUUGUAAUUUCAUGUUCUCAUGUUAUUGU